UACAGUAAAGUAAAGUAAAGUAAAGUAAAGUGACGUUUCGUCCCAGUGAAACCGGAGAGGUGUGUGUUCGUGUGAUCUGUCACUAGAGGUCAUCAGAGGUUCGUCGCGUGCUCCUCCAACCUCAGCCCAGCCCAAAACAUCGUGCUACGUCACGAGCUCCCGCCCCGCCUCGUGCCACAGACACACGGUCAGAAACAGGUCAGAAAGAGACAGUGUCAGCGAACGUCAGUCACUAUGUCGGUUCUGUUCCAACUCACUCUGUCGGUAGUGAACACCGGGUGAGUGCUGGAGGUUUAACCCGCGGUAUCAGAGCUCCGUCCCCGCUGCCGCUCGCGGGAGCCCGCCCGGCAGUUGGCGGCUCUUUGUAACCGCCUCACAGCGUCGGUAAGUAGCUUUAGAGCUGGGUUAGCUCCAAGUGGCCUCUGGGUUAGCUCGGAGCUACACGGCUAAGUUAGUUGUCACCUAGUCAGUCGCUGCCCACAGACAGAAAACUCCCAGGAAGGCAGCAGCUCUGACUAUGGCAAUGACACUGUUCGUGGGGGACAAAUAAGUGACGUGUCUGAUGUGAGUUGUCUUUUGUUUUGUUUGAACCUCGUGAUCCCUCUGCACACUGGCCAGCCUCUGGACCCAUGCUGUCUAUCAGCCACUGGAUCAACUCAUCCAUGUAGCUCUGGAUGAUGAGCAGCUUCCCUCAUUCAUGGAGGUGUCAAAUAGACCUGAGCUCUGAGAUGGUUUGUCAAACAGUGUGCACACACACUAAAGUGUCGUUUCAUGUGUUGUGAUGCUAUUGAGCAACGUCCUCCAGCUGUUGUUGUUCAUGAUGUGGAUAUCAGGCUGUCAGAGACAAUCCUCCCACCUGGUCUUCUUGGAACAAAACACUAUCUAUUACUUCUAUGAUUCAUUUGGCCAUUUUUAGGUCUUAGUUGGGCAGGACGACAUGGCCAAAAGUUAGGCUAUAUCAAGAUAAAAAAUCGUUUAAAUCAGGCGAUAUCAAUAAUAAUCAUGAUACAUGUGUUAUUGUUAUUUUUAAGUUUAAAGAUUGAUUAAUGCUUCUGAGUGAAGGUUGUGGUUUUAAACUCUUCUUUGUGAUCAGAGAGUGACAAACAUUUAAUAAACAGAAGGGCAUUUUCCGAGGUAGAAUGUUAUGUCUCCUCUUUGUGCAAUGAUUCUGUUUUAUUGCUCUGCCCUAUUUUAAUGUUUGCUUAUUGAGCAUAUGUCACACAGCUGCUUUGGUUUACGAUGAGGUUAUUUUGGUGUGUGUUAAACCAUCUUCUUUGUCUGCUUCUUGGAGCAAACUCUAUUUGUUGCAUAUGAUUCAUUUUGGGACUUUGGUCACACAUGUCUGUCGCAAACUUUGUCCAAAUUACAUUUAAUAGAAGAUAUAAAUAGGAAACACAGGGUGAGAGCUGCAGGGGGAUGACAUUCAACACAGGUCUCCAGCUGGAGUCAAACCACUGAUGUUGCAAGUACACAAUAUGUGUCUAGACCACAAGGUCAGAGGAGAAGCCUCUGACCAUGUCUCCAGCUUGACAAAUGGCUGUGGCCUGUGAAACAGGCGUGUUAUUUAGACUGUUACCCGGACAACAUAACCAAAUUUGAGAUGUUACUUAUUUUCAGCUUAAACUCUUGUAAUUAUUGAAAACAACUGAUUGUUGCAGCCUAUAAAAUACAAAUGAAGCUUUUAAACCAGGAUCUCGUUCUCAUGAAAAGGCUCAACAUGUCAGCUUCAUGAAAUCACGGACUUGGAAGAAAUCCCUCCACUAAGGUCUCUUUUCACCGCUCUAGGUUUGUGCUGUAUAUUUCACUAAUAGAUGUGUCAGUUCAGGUUAGUAUUUGAGCCUGUUGUUUCCAGUGGCAGGUAAACAAAGUGUCACAACCUGUGAGCUGUGAAGGAAACUGUCUGACUGGAGGCUUUUAAUAGCCUUGAGACUGGAAUGCAAGUCAAAACAGGGUUCAGAAUCAACCUGUACCGGUUUGGCUAGGCUCUCGUUUUCUAUCAGCUUUUCAUAACCUGACACUCUCCCUCUUACCACCGCUUAUACAGUAUGUGUGUGGAUAUAGUAUAUUCAUUGUUUACCUGCAUUAUACAAAGAGCUGGUAAAUGCAGUGUUUGCAGGCAGUUGUCAGAUGUGAUGUGCUGAGUAUAAAUGUUUGGUUUAUGUUUAUAUGUCGCUGUUAUUGCAGGACUAUGAGAGAGAGAAGGGAUUGAUGAUCAACUUGAAGUGCUGUUGUUGGAACAUUGCAGACGACUUGUGUUGGAUAAAUGAGUCAAAGCUGCCCAGCGGUGACAACCAGCGUCUCCUCCGGGGAUCAAAGCCUUAGCAGCAUAACCUAUUCGAGACAGGAGACACAGGCACAGAUGAAACGUGUUUAAAUAAGUGUGGUAUGGAUUGGAUCCUCUGUCCCGACCUACCUGCAGUCCUUAUUUGUCAGGCCUGUACUUCCUCUUUGUUUCAGACUGUUUGAGUCGCUGGUUCCUUCACUCCUCCCACUGACUCCCAUGGCUCAUUCUGGAUAUGUCAAGCAGCAAUAGGACAGACAGAGAGAGAUGAGUUGGGCUGAGGAGGACUGGACAGUGGGCCUGUCUGGACGGGUCCUGCAAAAGGUGAAGGAGCUGCAGGUCCAACACGAUCGACUGUCAAGAGAGACCAAGCAGAAACAGCUGCAGCUGGACAACAUCCAGACUAACCUUGAAAAACAGACUCUAAAGUAUGACGAGGUGCGCGGGGAGCUCCACUCUGUGCAGAGGGAGCUCCAGAAUGUUCACGAGGAGGCCAAAACAGCAGUGAGCAGCAGCGAGUGCCUGGCCCAGGAGCUGCAGACCAAGCAGGCACAAGUCUGCUCUUUUGAGGGCCAGCUAGAUGCUGCCCGCACCCUCAACAACAAACUCACCCAGGAGGUCAAAAGGUUGGAGGCAGAGCUUGAGAAGCUGCAGAACAGCAGCAGGUCGGCAGAUACCACUCUGUUUUCUACUCCCUGCUGGAAUACAUCCUCACCCUGGGAACAUAAUGGGAGCAGAAAGGAAGAGGAAAAGCUGGGACAUCGAGAUGAAACGCAGAGCAAGCACAUCAGACAGCAGCUCCAGUUCUCAGACGCACCCACAACUUCACUGCCAAGACAACAGCACAGGAGCACACCCCACCGCCACCCGUCUGACCAAUCGGAGUCCUUCUCCACUCCCUCGGCUGUGUUUCCGUGGGAGCGGGAUGACACCAGGCCAACAAACAGGAGACAAUCCCAGACCUCUCCCCAGACACCCAGCACUGAUGUUAUCACUCAGGGCCAGUUGGCAGUGGGGCUUUGUGGGAAAGAGAAGGACAACAGGACAGAGACAGACACAGUAUCUUUAUCAGAGAUAAAGAGCCGUGUAUCUUGUCUGGAGGAGGAGCUGUCUGUGAAGACCAGGACGUUGAAGUCCAUUCAGAACGACCUGGUGCAAAGCAAGAAAGAUGUCACUUCCAGGGAGAUCGGCCUGCAGAAAGCUCGAGAUGAGCUCAUUCUGUCUCACACACGCAUCACCCAGGAGAGUGAACGGGCAUCAGGAGCUGAGCAAAGGCUGAAGCAGUCACAAGACGAGCUUCGUUGUCAAAGGCAAAAUGCAGAGAGCAUCCGACUUCAACACCAACAGCGCACCAAGGAGAUGGAGAAACAACAUCAGAAGGACAUGUCGGAGUUUCAGAAAGAGAGGCAGUGGCUUGAGAAGCAGCAUCAGCAGGAGGUGAAUAAGCUCAACCAGGAGCUGCAGCAGGCCAGGACGCUCCACAAUGCCCUGCAGGCGCAGAAUGACAAGCUGUCUCUACAGAAACAAGCACUGGACAAAGAGUUUGAGACUCUGAAAGAGAAACUGAAGUGGUCGGAGGGACAGCUGCUGGAGAGCCAGAGAAAAGAAGCACAGACACAAGCCAAACUAACGGAAGCGUUGCGUGAGACGGAGGGUGUGGCUGUGAGUCUGGAGCAGAGCAGGAAGAGAGAGCGAGAUCUGGAGGAGGAGGGGAGGAGACUGGCAGAGGAGAGAGCAGACGCCCUGCGUCUCCUCAAAGACCUGCAGGAGCAAAAAGCUGCACCAGCACCUCCUGUUCAGUUUUGCCCAGUUGGCCAGAGUUUCUCCCCUCAGCCCUCUCGAGGUCUUAAUUCUCGAACAUCAACUCACACCAAGAGGACAACCGCUACCAUACGAGCCGAAAGGAAGGAGGAGGAGGAGGAGAGCAUGGUUGAGAAAAGACCAGAGAUUUCAGCAUUUUACCCCUCUAACAGAGAGCCAGGAGAAGGCAUCGACUCUGAACACAUCACUGCCGCCAUCUCCUCAGAGUCUGAGAGUUCACAAAGGGAAGGACUCCGGAGGAAAAGUAAGGAAGAAGGGAACAUGAGGAGGAAUAAAACAGUAGAGUGUGACAGCUCUGGAACACAGAAGCACUCCAGCUUUGAUCCUGUACUCUGUAUGCCCACCGACUCCUCUGUGGAUGUUUUUGAAAAGCUAGAGCAGGCCAAAGCCUCUGAAGACCUCCAGAGAAUUAACACCAUGCUGCGAUCAGAGAUAAAUGAUGUGCGCGAAGAACUCCAGAAAAGAUUGGAGGACCUGGAAGUCCAACGAAGGGCUGAGGCAGAGGCCAGGACCCGGCUCAAAAAGCUCAGCUGCAAACAUUCCAGCCAGGCUGUGGAGAAGGAGGAGAUGGAAAAGGAAUGGAGGACUCAGCUGGAGAGUGAGAGGGCUGAGACAGAGUGGUUGAGGAAGGCAGUGGCUGCUUUGGAGACAGAGGUGAUGAGCAGAAAGGAGGAGAUUAAAAAGAACGAGAGAGAGGAGGAGAAAAAGAAAGAAAUAGAAGACAGAGAGAGUGAAAUGAUAGAACUUAAUAUGCAGCUGAAGAAGCAGCUAGCGGAGGUUAAAGCCCAGCUGGCUUUAGAACGAGAGGACAGAAAGAGAGAGGAAGAGGAGAGGAACCAAAUAAAAAACAUGGUCACAGAUGAAAAAAAGGAGCUGAGCACAAAACUUGCAGAACUUAAAGCUGAAUUGGAAGAACUGAAGCGCAGCAGAGAAGAAGAUGAGAGAGGAGGAGAGGAGAAACUAUUGAUUACCAACAGCCCGCUGAAGUACCUGACUCUCCAUGAUAAUGAGCUCAAUUCCAACAUUGUUCACAGUCACAACAAACUCCUCCCUUCUCCAGAGCAGCACCUUCUCUUCUGUCAGUCCACGAACCAACUCAACAUGCUGGUAUCUCAGGCAACAGCAGAUCUCAUUCAUGAAGAACAAACAGUGAUAGAUCCCGAACGCCUGCCUCUGUCAGAUGAGGGAACAAUGGGUCAAGUGGCCUCUGACUCUGAGGAGUAUCUGGCAGGGUCUCCACUGUCAGACCAGAGGGGAGAACUUUCUCAACUCCAGAAAUGUGGGUCUACCUCCCCAGAUAUGGAAAAAGAGGUGAACCGCUUGCACAAGGAGAAAGACAUGGAAACGCAACGUGCUCAACAGAGCCAGGUUAAACUGGAGGUCCUGCAGACCCAGGUGACACGUCAGACCCAGCAGCUGACCAUGGCCUUUGAGAAGCAGAGUCAGCACAUCUCAGGCCUUCUAGCUGAGCUGCAGGAGAAGGAGGGGGCCCUCCUCAGCCAGGGAGAGGAACUGCAGCGAUAUAAGCAAGAGCUGCAAGCUUUAAAGGCUGAAAAAGAAGUUACAAAGUUGCAGAAUGACGAUCAAAGAAAAAAAAGUAGAGAUGAGACGUCGAUGGAGACCACAGAGCUACAACCAAACAAGAAACAGGACUGUACUGUCAUAUCGAACACUACACAGUCACUGGCUGGUGGAGAUUCUACUACACAGAGAGAUGAAGAUCAAACUAAGACUGAUGCAGAAACACAAACACCAGAAGGGGACCGUGCAAUAAGUGAACAGCAUCCAGUUUCUGUUGACUCAGACAAGACUGAGAGUUAUCUUGAUUCUGCCUGUGUGAUGGAGGAGCCUGAGAGCAGUCGAGAUGGAGGAAGAGUAGACGUGGUGUCAGAGCUGCUCACUCUGCGACAGGAGAAUCAGCUGCUGAAACAAAAAAUAGAAGGCGUGAACAUGUCAGAGACUAGAAACCUGGCUUUACAGACAGAUGCUGAAAACCAAGAAGACCCAGUCAAACAAAGCCAUUACACAGGAUAUGCUACUCUGCCCUGCUUGACAGAGCAGAGGCCACCUACUGUGAAAGAUAACAUCACCCCUGAAGGGCAGGAGUCACUACUCCAAAAUAAAGAAAAUGAAAUAAAAAGCGAAGAAAAAAGAAUAAGGGAAGAAGAAGAGCUGGAGGAAGCAUCUUGUCUUGAGAUCAACCUUCUGGAGCAAAAGGUGAUGGCGCUGCAGAUGAAGAUUCAGGCUCUAUCUGUGGAGACUCAGCAGCAGACGGAGGAGCUCACUCUGUGGAGACUGGCCUCACAACCCGCUCCAACUAUUGACCAAAACCUUCCCAACAAAGACAACCAGGACCAAAACACUGCUGUCCGACAAUCCCAGUCACAGCAGCUAGAGACUGAUGAGAUGACCCACAUCCCACCAGGGACCAGGAGCCAGGCUCCCACUGCUCAGGUUCAGGAGAGCAACAGUAAUGUGACGGUCAUCAGAGAGGAUGAGUUAUUCCUCUCCUGCUCCUCCAACAAACUGCCAGGCCGCAUGUUGUUCUCCAGACUGCAGCACAGCAACCUUCCUGAGCCAAAGAGUUUCCUUCAAUUUAAACAGACAGCAGCUCUUCAGGAAUACAACCAGGACCCCGACAAGGAAUCUGAGAAAGAAAACAUUGUGCAGUGGUCAGAUACCAGUCCAUCACAGCACAAAGACAAGAGAGACUCUGGACUCAUCCAAAUGUCUUCAGAAAAAACAGGUCAACAAGUCACCAAAGGACCAACUAAAACCAAAACAGCAGAGUGUCCCACGGAGAAUCCAGUGGGCAAACCAAACAUUUCCAGAACAACCAGUGAAAUAAACACAACCAAUGACUCCUCAGAGAGAUCAGUCAGGACAGACAUGAAGAGUGUCAGCAGUCAAACAGAGGAGAGCUUGUGUCCUCGCAGCGCUCCAACAGCAUCUGAACUUCACUGUGCUUACACACAGACUGAAGAGGAGGAGGAGGAGGAGGAGGAACAGGAAUUAGUUUUAGUGGAAUCCCCUCCUGCGUCUCUUAUCCCAUCAUCAGAGGGGUUAAAGUCAAGAGACAAGAUGUUGUUUUCAGGUUCCUUCCCCAUCCCGUCUGACCCGGCCCGUUUAGCAGAAAGAAUCCGCCGCAACAGGACGCAGCUGUCGGCUGCCUUUGACGACACAGAGUAUGAACCGUACGGACUGCCAGAGGUCGUCAUGAGAGGUUUUGCCGACAUCCCCAGUGGUCCCUCGUGUCCCUACAUCGUGAGAAGAGGUUUGUUGGGGACGUCUGCUGUGCCUGUCCCGCAGAAAGCCCUGGGACAGGAGGAGGAGACGGAUUAAAACCCAGCCACAGGUUGUCUUCAGGUCUGGUGGAAAUGAACUGAUCACGAAUCACAAUGAUUCACUUUGAACCUCAGUGAUGAACAACAGACUGUCUACAAGGACACUCCAGUCACCAGCAACAUGAAGCACUUCUUUCCUCAAACCAACACAGAACCAGUAUAAAAAAUGACGCAUUCACCCUGGACUUCUAAACGAGUGUUAGCAGGUAACAGGUCCUACAGUGGCAGAAUGAACUCCUCCACUGUGGAUCUGAAAUAACUUAGUUUAUCCUCUAACUGCUGUGAGGAGACAUAAUUGUGCAUCUUGCUGCAGUGACCUUACACCCGCCUGUUUAUUUCGGUGCAGAGGUGGUGAUUUAGUGAUGUUUGUUGAUUUUUCUGGAAGUUAACCACUACAUAGGGACUGUUAAGUUUUUCAGUACCUCAGAAGAAGGGUACGAGUCCAGCCUCAGCCCACUUUGAACGAAACAGUGCCUCGCUGAUGCUUUUCUAAACAAGCACUUGUCAAGAUAAGUUUGACUUGUUUUUCCCUAAAGGGUGCAGCCAAGAAAGGCCUCUUGUGGAAAUAUGAUAUUUUUUUCUUUUUCUUUUUUGAUUCAUGAGGUGGCUUAUUUAUGAACACUUGAAUGUGUUUCAGUAGAGGAGGAAGUGUUUACAAAACUUGCUUUAGACUUAAGUGAAAACGUGUGCGACAUUAGAUGUGAAUAAAACGUGCGUGUCCUCUGGAUGUUACUGUUUGUAUACGCGCCUGUGUGUGUGUGUGUGCGGGAGAGAGAGAGAGAGGUCCGAGCACACGUCUAUGACUCACUGCAGUGGUUUCCGCUCCAUGUAUGGAGAUGCACACUGGCUCUCUCUCUCUCCCCUCCUUCUGCUGCUUUGCUUCUCCUUCUAAUGAGGACUUAUUAGUCAGUAACUGUGUGAUGAACUGACCAAAAUCUAAACAUGUGUUUACUUCAGCUGGUUUCUUCUGAUUUAUUAUUUAUUUGACUAAUUUGAUGGAUUGCACAUUUGUUACUUCAUCAUAGACACCAGCAGCCCACAUGUAUGUAUAGUGUAGAUUUUGUAAAUGACUUUGAUUCAUGUACAGUUUCAUCAUACCUCCUACCAGAGGAUAAUCACCACUUUGCUUCGCUUCCAAGGUUUCACUUGUUAGUGAAAGGACAGGUUCACAUUAUUACAGGUUCUAUUCUUAAAGUUAUACUCACAUGCUCAUGGGCACAUUGUACAGUCUACAUUCUGCUGGCUCCAGGCUGCAAAGAUCCUUUUUUAAAGCAGUCUUCAUGUGAAAGAUGAAGGAGAAAAUCCACAGUCUGCUUUCUUUAUAGAAAUGCGCACUAAAGUUAAGCAGAAAACUUCAGUCGUCUGAUUAAGGAGCUUUGUCACAGCAAUGAUAUCAUCUUGAUGAACUUAUUUGCUCUGGAAGUUUGGUGACAAUACUGUCAGGUCUAUUGGAAAUGGUUACUGCCAGUCAGUCUCAACAGCUCCAACAUAAUUAACAGAUUUUUUUCUGCUCUGUUCUUUUGACUUUUGACUUCACCAUUAAAAACCAUUUUGUCCUUAAUGGUCGGGACAGUGGCUUCAAGCCAUUUGUGCCAAAGACACAUUUUUCCCGUUCACUACCUGUUAGCUGCUGCUAUUAACGGAGCAGUCUUUAUACUCACAGAGGAAGUUGAAUAAAAAUACGUGGUACAACACACAUAUAGACUAGUGAUCUACAAUGACAUGUUCCAUUUUGGACUCUGGCUCAUGUCCUCUCAUUGGUCAGCCCUGUCAUGAUAGUUUGCUGUUGGACAUUGGUGUGAAUUUGAAGCACAAAGUUAAACAUGACUCCAAAGAUCGGCACAGGUACAUUUUUAUCUUAUUUACUUCUCCACCGUGAGACGAUCCACCAAUCACAGGGACUCCAAUGAAAUGUAGAAAUCAUUUAAUAUUUGUUCAGUUUUCAAGUCAAACCUCUAACCAAAGCAUGCGGUUAUCCUCCACAAAUAUUCUUUAUAUAACUAAAUCUGCCCCUCAAUAUUCUACUGGGCAGUCAAAUCAAUCAAAAACAAAACAACCUUUUAUUCUUCAAUUUACAGAUAAGCAUGUGGGUGUAGUUUUAAAUAGUAAAUGUGAACCUAUCCUUUAAAACCCUGCUGUGCUGUCUUUCAGUGUUACUUGAAAUAAUUUAGUCUGAAGGUUUGUUGACACGUGAGUGUUAAACGUGUGGAUUGAUCUAGUUUUUUGAAUGUUUAUAUUUUAUUUUAAGGGGGAGUUGUCACUUCCUGGUCUUAUUAACUAACAACAUUGGACGUUUACGAUUCAGUACCAUCGCUGUUCAUCUGCAAUGUUGUCACCAGUCACACACACACACACAUACAAACACUCCCUUCCUUCCAGCUGCCUUCAGAUCUCUGAGAUCUGUAGUGCUUUGGCAGUGCGGUGAGGGGGGGGCUGAGCAGGGAGGUUCAUUGUGUAUCUUGUUGCCUUGUUUUGGACUCAUUGAUGUGAAUGUAUCUGUGUUGUGUUUUUGACUAGAAUAAAAGGCUUGAAUUGAAUGUA